AUGGCAACUGAAUCAUCUCUCAAUCAAAUUGUAAAAGGCGCAUCACCACCAGGUACCCAAGUUCCUGCGCCAACUCCCCUCCCACCCCUCGCAAAGGCUUCGGCAGACACAGUCGACGCACUCAUCAACCAGGACGAUGAUCCGAUCGUUCCACCUCCUGCAACAAGAACAGCGCGGCAAUGGGUUCCGACCAUAGUAUCAACCUCACCUGCUGGGCACACGGAUAAUCUUCCUUCGUCCCCUCCGCAGAUAUAUCUCAACCUGUUAAUCCUCGAAUCCUCUCUACGCGCCCAGUAUCUAUCCUUACUUGCUCGAAGACGCCUGAACACGUUCUUCCUGGCUCUGCUCCUGGUCUGGAACAUCACCUUUAGCUAUUUUCUCUUCCUGCGCCCACGAGAGGAUGGUUCAGGAAAACUCGGUGGCUCGCCGUAUUGGGUGGUCGAAGCUUCUAUGCGUCUCGGUUUCAUCGCUGGUAUUGUGGCAGCACUACUCAUAAAAGCUACAGGACAAUGGGAAACUGGUGUGCGAUGGCCACGGAAAUGGCUCAGCGUGACUAAUCGAGGUUUGCGAGGCUUCAAUCUACGUGUCGUUGUCGUAAGAAGAGGUCUUUGGAAAGAGAGCAUAAGCUACGUCAGGGCGCUUGCACCUUUUGGUGGCAUUGCAGAUGGUAGUGGUGAUUGGCAUCUGGUCGAGACUCCACCUACACCUGGUGAAAUUGAACAAGGAAAGACCCAAGGUACUAUUGUAGAAGAGGACCUCUGCGCAUCCGGUGACCACCUCCUACUCCUACUACUUCCGAAGAACUUCUCCUCCGAGUUUCGAGAAAAUUGGGAGACAUAUAGAUCCGAGUACUGGGAACGCGAAAACGUACGUCGGGCUGGUCUACGAAAGAAAGUGGCUGCACACAAGCGCAACAAAGCAAGAGAAGUCGGCGGCUGGAAAUGGUGGACAGAAGAAAGAGUGGUGGAGAUUUAG